AAAUUCGGUUAAGGUAACCGAAUAACCUUAACAAAAUUAUUUUUUUUUUAAUUUCAAAAUAUUUAGCCUAACAGUAUUAAAUUUAAUUUGUAUAAAUAAAAAAUAUCUUUUUCAUCUCCACUUGUACAAACUUUUCAUAAUGCAAAAUUUACAUUAAAUUUUAUACUUAUAAAUAUAAUAAUAUUAAUUCAAACAAGUUACGAAAAGUCGACUUUAAACUCAUAAAGGUAUAUCAUUUUUAUGAAUAUAUUCUUUUAUACAUAUAAGGAAUUUCACUUAAAGCGAUCAAGGUGAAAAAACGUUUCUAUUAAAGUAAUAAUAUUAAUAUUUACUAUUACAGGGUGUCUAACGGUCAGGGAAAGUCAGGGAAUUUCAGAAAAUUUCAUUCAAAGUCAGGAAAAUUUCUGUAAAUUUCUACAAAAAUUAAAAUUUUUUAAUCUAAAAAAACUUGAAUGAUUUUUAUUACCAUUUGUUACUACCAUUAGAAAUUAAUUUAUUGUUAAAUAUGUCAGUAACCGCAUGUUUUUGUCCAAAGAAAGCAGAAAUAGGGUUAUUAAAAAGUCAGGGAAAAAUCAAAAAAUGUCAGGGAGGAGUCAGGGAAAAGUGAGGGAAUUUUUUUCUCAAUUCUUGUUAGACACCCUGUAUUAAAUAAAAAAAGAUGUCAACUAUUUACGAAUUAUUAUUAUAAUUUAGAAUAUAAUAUAACAAAUACGCGUGCUCUUAGACACGUACAAUAUCUUCCACUUGUAUCAAUAUGUAUAUUAAUAUUAUUGAUAAGAAAAACUUCUAUAAAUGCGAAUAAUCGUAACUUUUGUAACACAACAGCAACUCAUAUUAAAUAUCAUAAUUGAAAUUUUCUCUUGGGAAGAAGUUAAAUAUACGAAUUUUAUUCUCAACUAUAACAGUGUUUAAUUAUGAACAACAUUAGAUUGGUCAAAAUUAUUAUGAAAAAUUAAAUAAUCAAAGCACACUAAUAAUUUGCAAUAUAAAUUAUUAGAGUAAAAGAAAAUACUCAAAAAUGGAUACAUUAAUUUCAAGAAGUCCACUAGCAACCGUACAGUUUAUACCAGUUUUCCAUUAUUUGAAUCUACUUAGUGAUUUUUUGUUCACUGAAAAAAAAUUAAUGACGGAGAAUAAAAAUAAACAAAUUGCAAUUGUUAAUGCACUUUAUGAAUAUUUGGAAGAUCAUCAUGACAAUAAAACUAUGCAGGUAAAAUUAAUUCGCUAUUUACUACAAGGCAGUGAUCUGUACGGCGAAAAAGAUAAUGAAGAAGUUGAUGAAAUUUUCGUUAAUGCAAUGUUUGAAUACAUAAUUAGUUCUCUUGUAUUUGACAAAUAUGGAAAUGUUUAUGGAUUUUUGGCCGAAACAAUUCGUAAGGUAGUAAGUUUAAAAUAUCAUUAUGUUUUAAAGGGAAUUAAGGAAACACUAGAAAAUGCAAUAUUCGAAAAUGAAUAUGGAUCUACCUCAGUUCUUACUAAAUUAGCAGUCAAUAGAAUAUAUACAGAUAUAAUUUUGCCAAUAUUUCCUCAACCAAAGACUAAUGUUAGUAUUUUGUCUCUUGAUUAUAUUUUUGCACAAGCUGGUUCGAUGUUUCUUCGACGUGGAAGAAUAAAAAAUACCUACUAUUCUAAUAUCGAAAACAAUAAUUCAAGAUACUCUCAAGAAAACUUGUUUGAUGAAUAUUUGACAAUAGGUCACAUAAUUAGGAAUUUACUUGACUAUAAGAAAAUAGAUCCUCUAAUUUUGAGAGUUUUUGCUCUACCAGCUCUUUUCUAUUAUAUUUUUCCUGAAGAUAAAGUAAAAUAUGAAAGCAUAACAAAUUUAAUUUUUGAUCCUCAUCAUUGGGAAAUGGCUUUUCAUCAGUUUCAGGAAUAUGUAACCAGUGUUUUUGACCAAAUAGAAGAUCAAUUAAAGAAUGACUAUAUAUAUAAACUUCAUUUAGGUUUUUCUCAUUUUCAAAAUCGGGCUUCGAUGGCAAAAUCCAUUGUAGAUUCAAACUGCAAUUUUUUGAGUGAUGAACUUAAAGAGAGUAAAAUUGUUGAUUAUGUACAACUUUCCGAUAAUUUUAAAUGUAGUCCUACAGUUGUUUUACCCAACCUUAAUGAUUUGUAUAAGGAUCAAAUUCAUAAUUUGGCUGAAAUAUAUGGGAAUUAUGAUUUAGAAAUAACAAAGCAAUGUUUUAAGCAAUAUUUAUUUGAUGACCUUCAUGAUAUUGUUAUAAAUUUGGUUGUUACUAACAAUGAACUGAUAAAUGGUAGUUCUAAUGAUUUGCAAUAUGUAUCCUAUGAUUUGCUUGAAUUUUAUUACAAUAAGAACGAAACUUCAAAUUACUAUGCUUUAAUACGAAAAAACUAUACUGUUACACUUAUUAAAGAGAUUGAUGAUCCAGAACACUUUGAGCAUCAAAUUGGUCCAUCUCUUAAUAAUUUUAAAGAAUUUGCAACGAGAAUCACUUUAAAGUUUGCUAAUGAAGAAAUAACUGAACUCUGUGAAGAAUUAAUUAAGUACAAAAAAGAACGAUUCAAGUCAUAUUUAAAUUUAUUUAACUACAGUUUAAGAAAUUAUGAGUGGUGGAAGGAAUUUGGAUUGUCACUAGUGCCAUUUUAUCCUUGUUUAUCAAAAAUUUUUAACUAUCAUAAUAAUGAGGAAAACAUGUGUGAAACAAAUAACGUAAAAUUCUUAAAUAAAUUUCCAGAAGAUAUAUCUUCACUUAUAACAAAUUCAAAUAUGCAACUUCUUUUGUCUUCUUUUGGUGUAAAUAUCAAAACAAUAUUUAUAAAGGACUUGAUUAAUGAAAUAGUAGUGUCGUAUAAUGUAUCUGAAGCUUCACCAUAUAGUGAAACUAAUAUCACAUUGUUUAAACAAGUUUCUUUACAUGUAGAAGAGCCUAAAUUUGAAACAAUUUCUAUAACUCAAAGAAGUAUUGAAUUAGUAAUAUUAAUUAUUUCUUAUUUAAAAGAAAAGAUUAAUUAUAAUUUUACAUCUGUCAGUUAUAUUUUAAGAAAAAUGAAUUAUUUGCAAUAUAACUUUUUAAAUGCCGUCGCUAAUGUUGGUGAAAAUGAUAGUAAAACAUUGUUUGUAAAUGCUCUGAAACUUUAUACUGGUUAUGGAUACAAGUUUAUAAACAUUUAUGAAACAGCUAUUGCAUCAUUAAGAACUGAUUAUGAGAUUGAAGAGAAAAUAUUUAUUACACUAAUUGCCGAUUCUCCUGAAAAUAAGAAAACAUAUAUUAAAUUAAAUAAUGCGAGUUUGACAUUUGAAACAAAUAAUUUUAUAUAUGAAAUUAAUAACCAGCUGCGAGGAAAUAAUAAAAGACUUGGAUUUUAUGGUAUAUGGAAUCAUCACGAUAAUGAAAAAUGUGCGGAUGAUAAAUAUUUAAAAGAAACGAAACAUUCUAAUGAGUGCUUAAGACAUUGGCGUUUCAUGAAACAACUUAGUCUUAAAGAGGGAGCAGUACAAUUACUAAAGGAUAAUGUUUUUGUCGAUGGAAAACAUAUUGCAAAUGAGGAAGAAAUUCGUAGUGAAUUGAAGAAGUAUACCUUACCAGAUGACACUAUAUUUUUAACUUUCUUUAUCAAAGAAUGGAUACAUGAUGAUAAAAAGUUUAAAGAAUCUGAUUGGAGUAAAAUCUGUACAAUUGACAAUCCUGAUCUUUUGAGUAAACUGAGGUACGAUGGACUUUUAGAAAAAAACAAUCUAACAAUCACUGAUGGAGAAUAUAAAAUCAAUUUACAUUAUACCUAUAGAGAAAGACGUAAGAUAGAAGAAGGAACAUCGAUAGAAAAUAUAAUUAAAAAUUUCAAUGAUCAGAAAGCAGGUUUUUCGGUGUCAUUUGAAGAUUACUAUGCUAUACGAAAUUUUGUGACAUCAGGAUAUGAAAGAAUAACUGGAGACACACGUGAAGCGAAACUAAUGAAACUUGCCCUAUAUAAAUUAUCUAUAAGAGAAUCUGACGAUUUACUAGAGGAAUUUGAAUGGACAUUAUUUCGAGUAGAAUUAAAACCAAUGAAUGUUGUUAAUAAAGAAUUAUAUGUGGGAAAUCGAAUUAUUUUCCAAAAAUUUACACUAAACUCAUUAAGUAUAACAUCUGCCACAAGAUUUUCUGCACAUGCAGCUUACGGUUUUAUAAAUAUUAUUUAUGUAAUGACAUUUAGUGGUCCUUAUUUUAGAGCAACAAUCAAAACAGAGGUCGACGAGAUUGGAUCUUGUAAUGAAAAGAAAGUAAUUCUUUUACCUGGUUAUGAAUUUGAAAUUAUGUCAAUUUUAGAAGUGGAAAUGGAAGGAAUGGGUAAAGUUUUAAAACUAGUUUUAAAUUUUGUACCUGAAAGUGUUGGAAAGCAUGAAUAUUAUAAAAAUAUAAUGAGAGAAAUAACAAAAAUCAAGUUGUAAAAUGCGUUAUUUGUUGUAUCAAAUGAAUUUUCUUUUGUAUAUUUAAUAAACUAUUUAUAACUAUAAGUCAAUAAAUUAUUAUAUAUAA